AUGGAACGUAUCGUAUGGUUUAUAUUAUUUUCUAUUAUGAAAAUUCAUUAUUUAGAUGGUGCAUGUCCACGAGCAACAUUCGAAUUUUUUAAUAAUACAAUUAAAGUACCAUAUAAUUUUAUUGAAUCAUCUGUUGGUAAUAUUGGAUCAUUGGAAACAUGUCCUUAUACUGGCCGUCCAUAUGUAUAUCUACCAUGUUAUCCAAAUUCAUCAUGGGGAGAUGAACCCUAUUUUAGUACUUGUUUGAAACCACCUGAUAAAAAAGAACAAACUACAAUAUCAAAUAUUCUUUCAUCAUUAUCUUCUAUUGAUCAUCCAUAUAUUAAUAUGUCUAUUGAAGAUGUUGCUAAAUUACCUAUUGAUACUUUUCAUGAUAUUUCUCAUGUAUUGUCUUAUUUAAAUCAAGAAACAAUAACUUUUAAAUCAACAUCACAUAUUACUUCAGCUGUAAAUAUAAUAGAUCAUUUAAUAGCAAAUAAUCAAAAUAUAAAUAAUGAAGUAUAUUGUAAUAUUUAUUCAAUUGCUGAUAAACUAUUAUCAUCGAAAACUACAUUACAAAUGCAAGAAGCACAAAAAUCAAAUCAAAGUAUUGUAAAAUUAUUAUCAUCAUUAGAAAUAUUUUCUCAAAAUUUAAAAUUAAAUAAAUCAGAUCAAAAUUUUAUUGAAAAUAAUUUAGCUGUAUCAAUUGUUAAUAUGCCAAAUAAUCGUACUAAACCAAUUGUUGGUUUUGCAUUUGACAUUGUAUUAACUGCUUUUUUUGGUGUUCUGAUAAAUUUAGAUUCAAUAAAAAAUCAAACAUUUCCAAUUGGAUCUGAUGAUAUAAAGAAAAAUUUAACAAUUAUUCUACUUGAUUCAAAAGCACUUUCUCAACAAAAUCGUUUAACAUUUUCUGUCUAUAAUCAACAAAGUGGUCUAUUUGAUGAAAAAAACUAUCGAGUAUUUACAAGAAUUAUUUCAUUAACAUUUGAUAAACCUGAAUUAACAAAAAAUCUUGGAACAUUUGUUAAAAUAAAUUUUUAUCUUGAAAAUAAUUAUGAAGAAAAAUAUGGUAAUUUAACAUGUGCUUAUUGGCAUAUAUUUAAUAAUAUGACAGCACAAUGGUCAACAAAUGGAUGUUAUUUAAUUAAUAUAACAGAUCGAAAUGUUAUGUGUGAAUGUAAUCAUUUAACACAUUUUGCAGUUUUAAUGGAUCGUGGACAAAAUAUUACGACAUCCGAAUCUAUUGAACAAAUACUUUCAAUAAUAACAUUAACAGGUUUAUUAUUAUCAUCUAUUGGUUUAUGUUUAACAAUUUUAACAUUUAUUUUUUUCGAAAAAUUACGUCGUCAUUUCAGUCAAAAAUCUCUUCUUUUAUUAUCAAUUAAUCUUCUUAUUGUUAAUAUUUUAUUUUCAAUUAUUAGUUUAUUUAAAUUAACACAUUUAUCAUGUAUUAUUAUUGCUAGUGUAUUACAUUAUUUUAUUUUAUCAUCAUUCAGUUGGAUGUUUAUUAUGGCAUUAAUACAAUAUUUACUUUUUGUUAAAGUUUUUCCACGUACAAUUUCAGCAUUUACACGUAAAGCAGCUGUAUUCGCUCAAUUGGUUCCAUUGAUUCCUGUUAGCGCUGUUUUGGCUAUUGAUCCAUCAAAUUAUACCAAACGAGAUGAUGGAAUUUGUUGGCUAUCUGGUCAAUUACUUUAUUUAUCAUUUAUAUUACCAAUAGUUUUAUAUAUAAUGAUAAAUAGUAUUCUAUUUUCAAUGGUUGCUCAUUCACUUUUAUGUGGAAAAACAGGUCAACAAUUACGUAGUACACAUAUGGUUGAAUCAAAACGUUUAUCACGUUUUUUAGUAGCAUUAAGUUGUUUUGUUGUACUUGGUCUGACAUGGAUAUUUGGUUUAUUUACAAUUGGAUCAAUACGUUUUUUAUUUCAAAUUCUUUUUUGUACAUUUGCUUCAUUAACAGGAUUUUUCAUAUUUCUUCUUUAUAUUGUAACAUCAAAAGCAAAACGAAAAUGUUGGAAUAAUACAUUUAAAUCACUUGGUAUAUCAUCAAUUUAUUCACCAACAUUAUCAACAUCAUCGGCUUUAAAUGGUAAUAAAGAAUUAUCAACAUCAUCAACAAAUGAUCAACAAAAAAUUCCUUCACGUUUCGUACAAUUUCCAUCACAACCACAACAUUUUAUUGAUGCAUACAUGCCAUCAUCACCUCCACCACCAGCUCCACCAUUACCAUUACCACCACCAUUUUUAAUUGAAGGUGAUGAUCCAUUAAAUAGAACAACAUUAUUAAAUAAUAUUUAUGAAUCAAAACAUGUUUGGUCACCACAAACAAAUUAUAUUUAUGAAACUAAUCAACCAACAACAUCAUUAGAUGAUUAUUCUUUAUUCUAUGCUUCACAUCAUGAUGCUACAAAACUUUAA